AUGGAGGAUACUUCUAGCUUAGGUCGCUGUUGCGUGCAAGGGUGCACGAUCACGCAUCCGACAUCAGGUGCUCACAGAUUUACUGGUUGCAAUCGUAAUAUGCAUGCCUUUUGUGGCGUGCAUCGUGGUGAGAGGUUUGGAUCGAAUUCGAUCGGAUACUGCUUGUCUACAGAUAAUUUCAAGCCACCAAAUGCAUCAACAGCGAGCCAAUCAGACGAAUUGACACCACUUGCAUCCGCAGCAUCACUGUUAGAUCAGACAACUACUGAUUCUGUUGCAAUGCAGAAAGAUGAUACGACACAAUUUACGUCUAAGCAAGGUGUAUCGUCUGGGGUAAAGGAAGCGUCAGAUACAAGAGUGAAGAGACUGUCUAAUAGUAAUAAAAAGAAAGUGUACAAACAGACUGUGUUUUCAAAGGUGCGUGCCCUUCCUGAAAAGAGAGUUAAUCUAACAAACGACGAGAAAGGUGUCGUCGUGCGCACUAUCAAAAAGAGUGGAUAUGACUUGAGCAAGCCAUGGAGAGUGAUUUAG